AUGAGGGCUCUGGUCUCUUUUAUUGUUGCGGGAACCCUUGCGUCUCCGGCUGUUUCGGCCGUGGUCUCUUCUCUCCAGAACCGGGCUGUCGCCGGCCAAGGCUGGUCCUUGCAAUCUUCUACAUGCCCUUCCGGAACCCAAUCAUGCGGAAACGGGUCCUGCUGCCCUGCAACUUCACAUUGCCAGGCGACCGGAAACGGAGAAGUGACUGCCUGCUGCCCUACAACAAGCAACUGUCGGGGUAGUGUUGAAGGUGCGCCCAGUUGCGCAAGUCCCGCCUGGUCGUUGUGGACAGGGAGUUUCGGAAACGGAUUCUGCUGCGAGGUUGGCCUGACUGGAGCGUUCAUCCCUGGAGGAUCUGUAGCUGGCGUUUGCGUGCCUUCGGUUCCUUCUGGCUAUUCUACUGCCUCAUUGGUGAGCAAAGGAACGGGCAGCCCGGCCACAUCGGUUCCUGCAUCGAAGACCACUACUUCAUCGGCUCAGACGACAGUCAGAUCAACCUCCACAAAGUCAAGCAUGCUUCCGUUUUCUAGGUUCGCGCAUUACAUGGUUGGCAGCAUGACCGCAGAUGAAGCAGUUCAAGAUGUCAAAGACGCAAAAGCAGUCGGCUUUGACGCUUUUGCGCUCAACACGCACGACAUCACGUCCCCAUGGGCGCUAAAUGCGACGCAGUACCUGUUUGAUGCAGCAGAUCAGAACGGCUUCAAACUCUUCAUGUCGUUCGACAUGAGCUGGCGGACCAUCACGCCGUCGCAAAUCCCACCCUUUCUGCUCAACUACAUUUCCCGCCCGUCAUACUACACCAUCAACGGUCGGCCCUUUGUCAGCACAUAUGACGGUGGCUUCAUUGCAAACUCGGACUGGGUGUCGGGCUUUCAACAGCCUCUGCAAGCUCAGGGCAUCAACCCGUACUUUGUUCCCAGUUUUGGCGAUUGGAGCGGCUGGCCGGACAAUUUCUUUUCCAGCUAUCCUUCUGUUGAUGGUGUCUUUAGCUGGGAGUCGGCAUGGCCUGACCCAGGUACCACCAUCUCGAACGUGUCAGACACCGUUGACCAGAACCUUCUUCAGCAGGCACACGCAGCCAACAAAGUCUUCAUGAUGCCCGUGUCUAGCUUCCAGUUCAAGUACCUCGGCGCCGGCCAGGACUGGUAUCGCAUCGGCGAAGUCAACUUGCCGCAGCGCUUUGAGCAAGUCCUGGCACUCAAGCCCGAUCUUGUAGAACUAAUCACAUGGAACGACGCGGGUGAGGGCCAUUACGUUGGGAACUUCUUCCCGGAACAGAUUGCAGGCUCGACAAUUGGUGAUUACGCGAAUGGGUUCGACCACACCGGAUGGCAGCAGCUGGUGACGCCUUUCAUCAAGGCAUAUAAGAGCGGCACGGCCACCAGCGGCAGCCAGAUUCUGCCUCCUGGAUCAGCUCCCGUUGGUUCAUUGUGGUACCGGACGUUGCUGACGAGCGCCAGCUGUUCGCCGUCGAUCCAGAACUACCAGCAGGGUCAGGACACGGUCAACUAUGCUGUUAUACUGCCGUCGAAUGGCUACACCAUCAAGGUGUACAGUAACAACCAGCUCAUUGGCAGCUUUGCUGGCUCUACUGGGCUCAACUAUCGUGCUGUCCCAGGAUUGAGCGUUGGCGGGGGGCAGUAUAUCCAAGUCGUCAAUAGCGCUGGCUCGGUGGUUGCUACAGCCACGGGGACAAAGCAGGUAGCAGCACAGAGCUCCAACGCUACUUGCAACUGGAACUAUGAGGUAGUUGGUCUUUCGUAA